UUUAGUGGCCUGAUAUCAACCAUGUAUUUGAUUGCUCAAGAACUAAACUGAAGCUAUAAAGACUUUGCAGCAAUCUGAAAGAGGUGUGGUAGGACAGAUCAAUAUUCACAUUUAUUGGUGUUUGCUGGAGAGCACCCACGGUUUAGUGUGGGUUAUGCAGUAGAGUUCUGUGUUAAGAGAGGAGGGUGCGGUCCCCUCCAGGCAGUGGGAGAAAUGGGAAGGGCCUGUGAGGUGGAGGAAAGAGAGAGUAUAAAUAAGCCCCACCCAAAAUUCCUGUCUGUUGGCCUUCACCACCUGAGAACUGCUUCUGAGUGCUAGAGAGAUCACCAAGAAACAGAUACCAUGGAUCUUGCAGAUGCUCUUGAUACUGGAACAGCACAGAGCACUCAGGCCGGGGGGCAAGCAUGGCCAGGACAGCCCGCCAAUACAGCCUGGCCUGGACAACCUGCUUGGCCCGGGCAACCAGCUCAGCCCGGGCAACCAGCUCAGCCCACCUGGCCGGGGGCACAGCCAGGCAUGCCAGCUCAGCCAUACUGGCCUGGUCAGCCUGCUCAGCCUGGCCAGCCUGCAUGGCCUGGACAACCAAACCAGCCAGCAUGGCCUGGACAGCCCAACCAGCCCGCUGCACCAGGCUGGCCAGGCCCGACUCCACCAACCGCACCUCAAACCGGCGCACCACUGGUUGUUCCAUAUAAGCUGGCUCUGCCCAGUGGAGUUUACGACAGGCUUCUCAUCACCAUCCAGGGUACAAUCAAGCCCAACGCUAAAAUGUUCACAAUUGAUCUGGGCAGAAACAACGACAUAGCUUUUCACUUCAACCCCCGCUUCAAUGAAGGUGGAAGGAAAGUCAUUGUGAGAAACAGCAUGAUUGGCAACAAUUGGGGCAAGGAGGAAAGAGAUGCUCCGUUUCCUUUUGUCCAGGGGCAGCCUUUUGAGCUGAAGCUCCUGUGCACUCAGAAUGAAUUCAAAGUGGCUGUGAACAAGAACCACCUCCUUGAGUUCAAACACCGGGUUCGUGAACUCAACCAGAUCAACCAAAUCACCAUCUACAAUGAUCUCACACUUUCAUCUGUUAAUGUAGAGACACUACCCUGAACAAUAUAAAGCCUAAGUGUAUUGAUUGUUGUGGGGUUUUCUGGGAGGGUGAGGGGUUGGCGUGCAGAAAGUGGCUGCGAUGGUUCUUCACUUAUUAAAGGGAUUUUUUCAGCACAUGCUCAUGUUUUAUAUGUAAUUAUAUGAUUACAUAAAGCACAAUACCUACUCCUCUACUAUUCGUUGAUCUCUGGUUGUAUUGCACUGUUGUAGCAACCUCUAGAUGACACCACCUCUAUAGAAAUACGUAAGGAAAGAAAUGCAGUUUCUCCUUUUAGUACAAGAUAGGGGAUCACACUUAUUUCAAGGUCUAUAUGUUCCAAUUGUUCCAAUGCAUGUUGAACAUUCAAGUAUAUCAAGCCAGUGUUGGCCUGUGUAAGUAGUGCAGGCAAUAGUUUAUCUUUUUAAAGCAUCUGGCAACCAAGCCUUAGAUAUCCUAUUGCAUAUCUGUAUAAUCUAUACCAGGAUUUAUCUCUUGAAUACAUAUACAUAUAAAACCUCACGAAAAUUUUACAGGGGAAUACCUUUCACCAUAAAAUUUUAGUAAAAUGUAAAGAAAAACUGCCGCAUUUGUAUUGUGUCAAACAGUGAAAACUUUGACUCAAUUGUAUGUCAAAUCAGAUGCCCUCUAGUGGCUUUUACCAUUAAGAAUGAUGAGUAAUCUACUCUUUGUAAAGGCAGUUUUGUUUUUAAAUCAACUCUCAUUAAAUCAACAUUGAAAUCUUGGA